AUGGAUAAAGAAGAAGAAUAAGACUCUUUAUUGGAAAUAUCAGAUUCAGAUAGACAAACUAAUUUAUUGCUUUCAAAUAACUUGACUGACAUCUUUUUUUUUGAUUAUUAUAGUAGAUUUAAAAACAGCACCAAUAUUAAUGAACCUUCAAUGACUAUGUCUAGAGUUUCAUAAUUAGAUAAAAUUUCAGAAGAUAACUCUAAUACAACUCAUAUUAAAAUCAUUCACAUUUCUGAAAGAUUAACUUCUGAAAUCCAUAAAAAUUAAGUACUUCAUAUUUAUUAUAAAGCUGUUAGAUAAUUAAAUAAAUGCAUAAGAAAAAUUUAUUAAAGAAUUAUAAGAACAAUUAUAGUUAAAAGAUUUAUAACUUAAAGACACAAUCUAAUUAAAUCUAAAAUUAUAAACCUAAAUAAACAAAGAAUAAGAAAAAAUUAAAUAAUAUAUUCGGCAGAAUAAAGAGCUUAAAUUUAUUAUUAAGUAUUACCUUAUUUAUUUUAGUUCUCUCUAAAACCCAAAAAGCAUUUCAGAUCUUAGAACUGAAACCUUGUAAUCUUCAUAAGAAUGUCCUUCUGUUAGACCCAUAUCUCAAACAAGAGGAAAAAGAUCAUAAAAUAAUUCUCAUUCAUACUCAUCAUCAAAAGCUGUAUUUACAAAAAUGCUUACUGAAGAUUCAUAAAUGAAUUUGAGUGAAAAAAUUAAAGAAGCACUCACUUUUUUAAAUUCUAAAGUAGACUUUUAAAAGAGAGAUCCUAAAAAUAUUGAUAAAUCUAAAUAUUAUAGAUCUUAAUCCAAUUUUUGGUCAAGUGUUACUACUACUCCUAUGCCAGGUAGAAGCAAUCAUACCUAAAAUAACAUUAGUCUAAAUAGAAUACAAAAUACUGAUAAAAAAUUAGACAACACUCUAAUAAUGUUAAAAGCCAUUAAGUAAUAAUAUAAUCAAUUUACAACUUCAAAAAAAGUAUGA